UCGUUAUUUUUAUUUAUUUAAUUAGAACUUGGAUGGUUGUUGCUGCUACUGGAUGCAAGAUGUAAAUGUAAUCUUUAUCUAUGAUAAUUAUGAAUUCGUAAUCCAAGUAAGGAUUCGAAAUAUUUAUAAAUCAUAGAACGUGAAUUUCUGCGCAGUGGCUCACACUCGUGAUGUAAUGCCAUCAUCUGACACUAUUUUUAAUUUCGUCAUUCCCGGUGGAGUGACAGAAUAUUUAAAUUCUUACCUUCCUGUCGAAAUUUCACUAAUCUUUGACUCAAUUUUCACUGCAGUUAGCUCAGUGGACGAAUUUCAGCUAAAAAUACUGCAUGCAUCAUUGGUUAUACUAUUCAUAAAUAUCAUUCUCAUUUGGGUUUCAUGGGCUAAAUAUGGAGAAAAAAUUACAGAAAGAUUCAUGAAACCAGCAUCAAGUAAAAGUCUCGAUGAUCUAAAAAGAGAAGCAACUGAACUAAAAUUGCCGAAGGAUUAUACCCCUAGGAUAUAGAGCAAACUUUGAAGAAUGAAUCCUAUAAAAGAGUUUUUCAGAAAAAAAGCCUCCGAGAGGAAGUUCAAAACUGCUGGCCCUGGUCAUAAACUGAACGAAUCCACUUCCCACUCAACUGGCCGAGAAAAGCCUUCCCAAUCGAGUAGCUCAGCUCGUGGUCCCCCCCAAUUUUCUGAAGGAGCACAAAGAGCUGGUGCUGCUGCAUUAGCUCGUAUCGAGCAAAAACAGAACCCUGUCAACUGGUCAUUGCAAGCAACCAGAGCUCAAGCUCGGAAAGAAUUGGAAUUAGAAAAAUCUGCUAAACUGAAACAAGCAACUGGCCCUAAAGAAGUGAUAAAGGAUAGCUGCCCAGCAUUAGCAGUGUCUGGAGUUUUUUUCACUUGUCCUAUGAUAGGACCUGAGAUUUUACCUAAAGAUGAAAUUGAGUCACGAAUAAAAGAAUUUUUAUAUGCACAGUUGGAGGAAGAAAGAGGACUUACAGCAUGCUUGAUAAUUCAUACCUUAAAUAAAAAUAAAGAAAAGGUGCGCAUUGGUGUUGAAACCCUCACAAGGUAUCUGACUAAUAUCAUAGAUAACCCUACAGAAGAAAAGUUUCGAAAAAUAAGAUUUAAAAACAAAAUUUUUCAAGAUCGAAUCUUGGAUCUGGAAGGAGCAUUUGAUUUUCUAACAGCAGCUGGUUUUGUACAAGAAACUAUAAAUACGAAUGGAGAAGAUGAGAAGUACUUUGUGUUUCCAACUGAAAACUUAGAAAAUUUAGAAAAUUUGCAGAUACUUAAAGAAGCACUGCUAAGUGCAGAGAGAAUUAAACCUGUUCUGGAUAGAAAUUUGAAGGUGUUAAGACUUUCACAAACUGCUGAGCAAAUAAAUUUGCCAAAUGAAUUUUUCAAUUUAACAGCUGAAGAGGUCAAAAGAGAACAGGAAGCUAAGUCUGAAAGCGUUGAAUUGUUAACGCAGCUCAGAACUAAAGCCAUGAGGGAAAGAGAUGGAUUAAAGGAAAUACACUAUUAUAAGUUUUCUCUGAUACGGAUACGAUUCCCUGAUGGAAUAAUUAUUCAAGGCACUUUUUAUGUGUAUGAAAAGCUUGCUGCUGUAAUUGAAUUCAUCAAAGAAAAUUUAAGUGAUCCUGAAAAAGAUUUUCAACUCCUCUUGCUUGGUGGUGUUAAAGUAUCAGACAGUGAAAAAUCUUUACUGGAAUUGAAACUUGUCCCUGCAGUCCUUUUGAAUUUCCAGUAUUCCAGUGAUAUCCCUAGUGAAACUGUUUCAUAUUUGAAAUCAGAUACUUUAAGUCUUCUUACUGACUCAUGAUAAUUUCUGUGUCUUUUUUGAAUUGUAGUUUAUUUGAAUGCAUUAAAAAAACUA